AUGCUAGGUGAUAAGGAAGUUGAACAUAUGGCGCGCGAUGCAAUUUCAAAGAAAUUCGAUAUGAAAACGGCUGAGUUUGCUAAGUACUGGGAUAUUGCACCUUUAAUGAUUGAAUCAUUGACAGCAUAUGUUGUGACAGGAAGUAAUCUACCUGUGACCGGCGUUCAACCAUAUCAUUCUGUCCACCCCAAUUCACUAGUUCUCAUAUUUCGAUUUCCUUGUUCGACAAAUGAAAAUGCACAGAAUGUUGCAAGAAUGAUUACUAGCGGUGAAUACGAAAUCGAAAUCGCAUUCUUCUUCGAUGGAUUUAAACGUACGUCAACGUCAUCAGUAUCAAUUACAGCUGAACAGUUGAAGAUUGUGACUAGCAAAACAACGGCUGAUGGUGGCAACACGGAUGCCAAAUAUAUUCAUCGAAAUCAAGCGUCGAAAUUUGUCGGACAAUACAUUACCAAUGUGAAGAAGAUUAUCUAUUCUGAAAAUUCAGAAGUCAGUAGUCAGUCAUUAGCAAGUGGACUUGAAGAUCAGUUUAUUGCAUUGCUUCAAUAA